UUAGUUAAAACCCAAGAGCUCUCUUGACCUUGAAUGAAAUUGAUUCCACUUCACCCACCUAGCUCGCUCCACAGCUGCUGCCUGUCUCUCUCUGUUCCUGUCUGGUGUGGGAUUUGGGUUCCAUGUUCCGCCGCCUAGUAUUGGAAGUGGACGAAUGAGCGGGGUUUCCCCCGGCUCGCGUGUCUUUUUUUUUAAAUAAUCCGGUUUUCACUUCCAUCUGGUGGAUCACUUGUGGAACUAACUUGUGCGAAAAUGAAGUGUUUAUUCCGAGCUUCAAAAGGCUGCUAUCCUGAGUCCGAAUGGGUUGCAAAAUCGAUCGAAUUAUGUAACAGUGUGUUUGAACUGAAGGAUUGCAUAAAAAGUGAAUAUGGAAGCAAGUCUGUUAAAUAUUGGAAUUUUCAAGUAAUCACGUCAGAUAAUAUGCACUUUCUUUACUGAUCAAUGUUAUCUGGAGGAAUCACACUUGGAAUCUAGUUUGGCAGGAUUACUGCAAGUUUUUUGCCACCUUAAGAUUUUACAUUAAGGAUUUUCAAACAUGGAUGAUAUGAAUAAUACAGUGAAGUAUCUCCCAAGAAAAGCAAUUGAUGAUCAUGAUGAAGGGCAGUUUGGUUGCACGCUCGUGGAGCUUCGUGAUCUUAUGGAACUGCGAUCGAUGGAGGCUGUGCAAAAAAUAGAAGAGUGUUAUGGAGAUGUCGAAGGACUUUGCACACGGUUGAAAACUUCACCUGUAGAAGGAUUAUCUGGAAAUCCAGUGGAUCUCGAAAGAAGGCAUCAUGUUUUUGGAGAGAACUCUAUACCCCCCAAAAAAGCAAAAACAUUUAUUCAGUUAGUAUGGGAAGCACUUCAAGAUGUUACCUUAAUUAUUUUAGAGAUUGCAGCCCUAAUAUCACUUGGCCUUUCUUUCUAUAAACCUCCAGGGGGAGAUGAUGAAGUAUGUGGUACAGUAACAGGUGGUGAAGAUGAAGGUGAAUCAGAAGCUGGUUGGAUCGAAGGCGUUGCUAUUCUUGUUUCAGUUAUAUGUGUGGUACUAGUUACAGCUUUCAAUGACUGGAGUAAAGAGAAACAAUUCAGAGGUCUACAAAAUCGGAUUGAACAAGAGCAGAAAUUCACUGUGAUAAGAGGUGGCCAGGUUAUCCAGAUUCCUGUGGCAGAAUUGGUGGUUGGUGACAUUGCACAAGUUAAAUAUGGUGACCUUCUACCUGCUGACGGUGUGCUUAUUCAUGGAAAUGACCUGAAGAUUGAUGAAAGUUCCCUGACAGGGGAGUCUGAUCAUGUGAAAAAAGGCCAAGGAAGAGAUCCACUACUUUUGUCUGGUACCCAUGUUAUGGAAGGUUCUGGAAGAAUGGUGGUCACGGCUGUUGGUGUAAACUCUCAAACUGGAAUCAUCUUCACCUUGCUUGGAUCUGGAGAGGAAGAGGAGAAAAAAAACAAAAAGCAAGAUGGAGCUGUGGAAAAUCGAAACAAAGCUAAAGCUCAAGAUGGAGCAGCUAUGGAAAUGCAGCCAUUGAAAAGUGAUGAAGCAGCUGAUGAUGCAACUGAGAAAAAGAAAACAAAUGUGCCUAAAAAAGAGAAGUCUGUGCUCCAAGGGAAGCUCACAAAAUUAGCAGUUCAAAUUGGUAAAGCAGGAUUGGUGAUGUCUGCUAUUACAGUUAUCAUUCUUAUUCUUUAUUUUGUGAUUGAUACGUUCUGGGUCCAGCAACGUCCUUGGUUAACUGAAUGUACUCCAAUUUACAUUCAGUAUUUUGUUAAAUUUUUCAUCGUUGGUGUGACUGUCUUGGUCGUGGCAGUACCAGAAGGUCUCCCACUUGCAGUCACAAUCUCUUUGGCUUAUUCUGUGAAGAAAAUGAUGAAAGAUAAUAACUUGGUCAGACAUUUGGAUGCCUGCGAAACAAUGGGGAAUGCAACGGCUAUAUGUUCGGACAAAACUGGUACCCUCACAAUGAACAGGAUGACUGUUGUUCAAGCAUAUUUAGCAGACCGGCACUACAAGAUGAUUCCAGAUCCGGAGUCCAUUCCUGACAAUAUUAUGGACAGACUUGUUGCUGGGGUAGCUGUAAACUCUGCAUACACUACAAAGAUACUGCCUCCUGAGAAAGAAGGUGGCUUGCCACGUCAUGUUGGCAAUAAGACGGAAUGUGCCUUGCUGGGAUUUAUCUUGGCUUUGAAGAAAGACUACCAGGCAAUACGGAAUGAAAUUCCAGAAGAGAAACUAUUCAAGGUCUAUACCUUCAACUCUGCAAGAAAAUCUAUGAGCACAGUUCUGAAGAACCCUGAUGGUAGCUUCCGAAUGUUUAGCAAGGGUGCCUCUGAGAUUGUUCUCAAAAAGUGUUCCAAAAUUUUAAACUCUAAGGGAGAGGUCAAAGAUUUGAAGAUUAGAGAUCGUGACGAUUUAGUAAAGAAAGUAAUAGAACCAAUGGCUUCUGAGGGACUGCGUACCAUCUGCAUGGCCUUCAGAGAAUUUGAAGUUGAUUCUGAUGUGGAUUGGGAUAAUGAAAAUGAUGUACUUUCUGAUCUCACCUGUAUAGCUGUAGUUGGUAUUGAAGAUCCUGUGAGACCAGAGGUUCCUGAGGCCAUUAAGAAAUGCCAGCGUGCUGGUAUCACGGUCCGUAUGGUCACUGGUGACAACAUUAACACUGCUCGAGCAAUCGCUACAAAGUGUGGUAUUUUACAAGCUGGUGAUGACUUUCUGUGUUUGGAGGGUAAACAGUUCAACAAACGUAUUCGCAAUGCAAAAGGCGAGAUUGAGCAAGAACGUAUAGACAAGAUCUGGCCCAGGCUCCGUGUCCUUGCAAGAUCUUCGCCUACUGAUAAGCACACUUUAGUCAAAGGCAUUAUUGACAGCACAGUGUUAGAACGCAAACAGGUUGUUGCAGUCACAGGAGAUGGUACUAAUGAUGGCCCUGCACUGAAGAAAGCUGAUGUUGGAUUUGCUAUGGGUAUUGCUGGAACAGAUGUAGCCAAAGAAGCCUCUGAUAUAAUCCUAACCGAUGAUAAUUUCACAAGCAUUGUUAAAGCAGUUAUGUGGGGCAGAAAUGUGUACGACAGUAUUUCAAAAUUUCUCCAGUUCCAGCUUACGGUCAAUGUCGUGGCAGUGAUUGUGGCAUUCACUGGUGCAUGUAUCACACAGGAUUCUCCGUUGAAGGCUGUGCAAAUGCUUUGGGUAAACUUGAUCAUGGACACGUUUGCAUCGCUUGCUUUAGCCACUGAACCACCCACAGAAGCACUCCUGCUACGAAAGCCUUAUGGCAGAAAUAAACCGCUAAUUUCUCGCACUAUGAUGAAGAAUAUCUUGGGUCACGCUGUCUACCAACUUGUCGUUGUUUUUACACUCUUGUUUGCUGGUGAAAAAAUAUUUGACAUUGACAGUGGACGAAAUGCUCCUCUUCACUCUCCCCCUUCAGAGCACUACACAAUUGUAUUUAAUACAUUUGUCAUGAUGCAGUUAUUUAAUGAAGUGAAUGCUCGAAAAAUUCAUGGUGAAAGAAAUGUUUUUGAUGGAAUUUUCAACAAUAUAAUAUUUUGUACAAUUGUAUUGGGAACAUUUAUUGUACAGAUCAUUAUUGUUCAAUUUGGUGGGAAGCCAUUUAGCUGUACUAAGCUAACAGCAGAUCAAUGGUUAUGGUGCAUUUUUCUUGGAAUGGGAACACUAAUAUGGGGACAGAUGAUUGCUACAAUUCCAACAAGUCAGUUAACAUUUCUCAAAGAAGCUGGACUUGGCACACAAAAGGAAGAGAUACCAGAGGAUGAGUUGGAAGAAGAUAUUGAAGAAAUUGACCAUGCAGAGAGAGAAUUACGUCAUGGUCAGAUCUUGUGGUUCAGAGGUCUUAACAGAAUACAGACUCAGCUCAGAGUGGUGAAUGCAUUCCGUAGUUCCUUGUAUGAAGGAUUAGAGAAACCAGAAUCUCGCAGCUCAAUCCACAACUUUAUGACGCAUCCAGAAUUUAGAAUAGAAGAUUCUGACACUCACAUCCCUCUAAUUGAUGAAAGUGGUGAUGAAGAAGCACCAACAAAACGUGAUACCUCACCUGGAUUAUCUCUCAAUGAAAACAACAAUGCUGUUGACAGUGGGAUCCAUCUUACAAUCAACACAAGCAAGUCUGCUACCUCUUCAACCCCAGGAAGCCCACUACAUAGUCUGGAAACGUCUCUCUAGUGUAAGCAGAAUGUUAACAGACUAGAUCUAGUGAGCUACAAGAAAAGAAAAUUGGGUCUUUUUACACUGUGUGAUUGACAAGAUAUUCUUGUCUUGGACUUCAACAGAAGACACACCAAGAAUGUAGAUACUUAAGCUUUCUGCCAGACUAAGGGUGCUUUUGGAACUCCAAGUGACACACCAACCUGGUAUAAAAAUGACUUGCUUUGAGGAUUUGUUCUGUAACAGAGGAUGAAAAAUCAACUUGUAAGAAUUGUCCUGAGCAGUGUGUUAGCUGAACUUUUAGUUUUUCUUGAUUUUUCUGGAUGGUGUUUUUCGGGCCCUGCCUCAUUGAUACUUUAAUUUCUGCUACUUGGCUGUUAAUAUUUUUGAAUUAUUUAUGUUUUAAAUGACGCAGUUCUGUUUACAAGGUUUGUAGAUACUUCUGUUUGUAGGUAGGUGGCUUCCUGACACACGAUGCAGAGAAACUAAUCCUUCAAAUACUACUGGUAUUUUCAGGAAAAAGGGUGUUUCAAUUGAAACUGUACUAAAUAUGCCUGUGAUUUACUUGUUAAAUAUUGUAGAUAAAAAGCAUAACUUGUAGCCAAAUAGAUAACACUACUAACAUACAAUACUUAAGCAUUGUUUUAUGGUCCCUUUCCCAAUGAAGCCCCUAAAUACUUGCACAGAUUUUUCAAUGAUUGUUUCAGAAUUUAGUUUCUCAGUUUCUGGGAAAUGAACUGCAAAGAUUUUCUCUACACAAAUGAGUAUGGGUGAAAUGUUCAGUGGAAGAAAACAGCCAUGUAUAAUGAGAUUCUUCAGAGUAUUUGUCAACUCAUCAAAUGGAUUAAAUCAAAUGCAUCAUAA